UCUUGUAGCCCAGGUCUUACCUGAAUCAGGAUGAGGGAGUGGUGGGUCCAGGUGGGGCUGUUGGCUGUGCCCCUGCUUGCAGCCUAUCUGCACAUCCCGCCCCCCCAGCUUUCCCCUGCUCUUCACUCAUGGAAGUCAUCAGGCAAAUUUUUUACCUACAAGGGACUGCGUAUCUUCUACCAAGACUCUGUGGGUGUGGUUGGAAGUCCAGAGAUAGUUGUGCUUUUACACGGCUUUCCAACAUCCAGCUAUGACUGGUACAAGAUUUGGGAAGGUCUGACCCUCAGGUUUCAUCGAGUGAUUGCCCUUGAUUUCCUAGGCUUUGGCUUCAGUGACAAACCGAGACCACAUCACUAUUCCAUAUUCGAGCAGGCCAGCAUUGUGGAAGCUCUUUUGCGGCAUCUGGGGCUCCAGAACCGUAGGAUCAACCUGUUGUCUCACGACUAUGGGGAUAUCGUUGCUCAGGAGCUGCUCUAUAGGUUCAAGCAGAAUCGAUCUGGUCGGCUUACCAUCAAGAGUCUCUGUCUGUCGAAUGGAGGUAUAUUUCCUGAGACUCACCGUCCUCUCCUUCUCCAAAAGCUUCUCAAAGAUGGAGGCAUGCUGUCACCCAUCCUCACGCGACUGAUGAACUUCUUCGUAUUCUCUCGAGGUCUCACCCCGGUCUUUGGGCCAUACACCCGACCCUCUGAGAGUGAACUGUGGGACAUGUGGGCAGGGAUACGCAACAAUGACGGGAACUUGGUUAUUGACAGUCUCUUGCAGUACAUCAAUCAAAGGAAGAAGUUUAGAAGACGCUGGGUGGGAGCUCUUGCCUCUGUAUCUAUUCCCAUUCAUUUUAUCUAUGGGCCACUGGAUCCAGUGAAUCCCUAUCCAGAGUUUUUGGAGCUGUACAGGAAAACGCUGCCGCAGUCCACAGUGUCGAUUCUGGAUGACCACAUUAGCCACUAUCCACAGCUAGAGGAUCCCAUGGACUUCUUGAAUGCAUAUAUGGGCUUCAUCAACUCCUUCUGAGCUGGAAAGAGUAGCUUCCCUGUAUUACCUCCCCUAUUCCCUUAUCUGUUGUGUAUUCCACUUAGCAAGAAACGCCCAAAAGAGGUCCUGGCCACCAAACACUAUUCUCUCACAAAAGUCCACCUGACUCACACUGGUGAACAGCAUAUAGUAAAAAGCCAGCAGAAGCUCUAAGGGUGACCUUCUAAUAGUCCACCUCCCAUUCCUUUGACAUCUGAUCAAGUGUGUGGACUUGCCUUUGUGUUAUUAGGAAAUUCUGAUGGGCACUACUACUCACUGAUGCAGAAAGACAGACAGACAGACAUUCUUUUGCAUAAAAGUCUUUGAAACACUUCUAUGGACUUUUCUGAAAUAUUUAGAAAUGCUAAUUUCUGGCCCUGGUUGGAAUUAUCUAAAGGUGCCACCUUCACCUCGCCUUGAAUGGCUUUAAUUCUCUAAGUGGCACAGCUUCAAGUGAGAAUGAGUCUCCCUUGUCAUAACUUUGGAUUUAAUUUCAUUAGCUGCUUCUAACUGUAGUCAUUUUGUUAGACUUUGGUUUCAAUAACACAGUAUUCUAAGUAUACUUUAAGACUAUGAUUUACCUACACGUAUUAUGUAUGUAUUUUAUAAGGACACUAAACCAGCAGACAGUUACUCUAGCAGAGUAGUUUAACCUUAUUAAACAUGUUUCAUUUCUGAGUAAAUUGAAGUAAAGCCAAGCUAUUUACAGAAUUUCCUAAAAUCACAGAACAUUAAGGACAGUAGUCUCUGUGCCAGAGAUUUACUGUUAUUUGCUGUUAGAACUGGUCUUUCCAGCUAAUAACAGUCGGACUCGUCAUACCUCAGUGCUUAGAAGCAUGUCCCUCCUGAGCCAGAGUGGAGAGGAGGGGAUCGUUGUACAGUCCAAGUUACCAGGCUGAAUAUAUACUGAUUGCUUAACUUCUCGUUGGUUGUCCCAGAGAGGGUUCCUCAUGUAGCUCAGCAAUUCCUGUACUUUACAGACGGGAAGGUUCUAGAAACUUUAAGAACAGAGUCUGAAAGUUCUAUGAG